AUGUUGCUGAACAGACCACUAGCAGGAACAGGUGAAGAGGUGGGACUCCAGGGAUCCAUCAGGGUGAACGUGGAGCUGCAGUACAAGCUGGGAGAGAAGACCGAGGCACGGCUGCAGGAGAAGGGGGCAUGGUGUAUCGAAGAGGUCACCAUUAGAGAGCAUUACUACGACACAGAGAGCUUCUACCUGGCUUCUCAGCAGACUUGGCUAAGCAAACAGGGCAGUCAGUGGAGAAUGAUAAUAGGUAACAAUCCAUACUCUUCCAACAAUAUGCCACCAGAGCCAGAGAGUCAGGCUGCUGGCUCUGGAUGUCCCUCUACAGUCUGGGGAGAGAAGCUAUGUGUGGAUAGAGAUGAAACAGAAGGGCCAAAGGGCUGUGAGGACAACCCCCUUUCUAUUCCAGAGAUAGGACAGAUCCAGGGUCAGCCCUGUCCUCCUGCACCCCAGUACAGGGAGCUGACUGGCCACACUCCCAUCAUCCAGCACCUGGCUCACUGCUUAGGGGUCCCAGUGAGAGAUCAGGAGAGCUGCAGCAGCACUGAGGCCAUGAAGGCCUUCCUGGAGCUGGCAGGGAUCCAGAGUUAUGGCAGCUGGACAAGGGCCAGGAGGAUGGAGUACAAGCUGCAUGGUGAUGACUGCACACUGGUGGUGCAGAAGAACCACACAGUGGGAGGAUCUGCAAACAAUGAAACUGCACUGGUGUCCAUGAGGGCAGAUAUUUUACAUAUUGGCCAUGAACUGGAGAAGAUGGAAAAAGUGGCUGCAGAGCUUGACCUAAGGCCCUUAUCUCCCAACUGA